AUGUGUGCUCUUCAGUAACGAGAACACAAACUUACAUACUAGGAAGGCACAGUGAUCUGAAGUGGACUUUUAGAGAUCAAAAUACACUUUUAUCUCAGUAAGGGAUUACGGGAAUGUUCAAAAGUCUGUGUCUGAUGAGGAAAACACAGUGCUUGUACACAUAAAGACCAUUAAGGUGUGUCAUGGAGAAAACACAGUUGUGACAGUUGGAACAGCGUCUAAGGUGUCUUGGAAGUAACCAGAAGGAUCACCUGCCAUAAAAAGCUCCUCUAAUCUUGCAUCUCGGCUACAAUGUUCUCCACAUGGUUUCUGGAAAUGUUUGUAUUCGCUCUGCUUGUAAGAGGGAACGCCGAAAAAGACCAGUGUCCUCAUCAUGAGCCUGGCAAAGACUCAAAAGUGAUGGAUUCUUUGCGGUGCUACAAUGACUACAAAUCCUAUGCAGAAUGUACAUGGGAGACUGAUCCACGUGUUAACUUCACUUUGUACUACCUGGACAAAAGUAAGGGAACAGAAACACUUUGCCACUUGAAUAAACCCAGUGUAGUUUUACCCAAUGGGGAGCUCUCUCACGUGUGUCGCUAUAACACAGAGAGGUUUGGAUCUUCCACCGAUCACAUCCUAUACUUCAAAGUACAAUGUGGAAAUACUCCCACAUUUCUCCGAGUUGCUCAGCAUGGAAAAGUUAGAGCCCCGGUUAACUUGACGGAGAUGAUGACUGAUGGAGGAGGUCGCCUGCUGUCCUGGAAAAGUCCAUAUCCUGCAUCCUCAAAUAUCACAAGGUCUCUCAUGUACCAGCUUCAAUAUCGCAGACAAAUGCAUGACUGGACUACUGUGGAUAAAAUAAAUGUGUCUGAACACACGAUCAUCAAGGAGUCACUGUUUCCGGGUUAUCAUUAUGAAGCCAGAGUGAGGGCGAGGGGUCCUGUAGGACUCUGGAGCGACUGGAGUCCCCUGGUGUCCUGGAAGACUCACAAUGACGUCAACAAAGCCUUUAACCUGCAGUGUGUGAUAGAAGGAGAAACAACUGUGACAUGUACCUGGCAAAUGAGAACAGAGUAUUUUCAGUUUAUGACUUAUCAUAUGUGGUGCAGUGAUAAUACUGGACACAGUCCCUGUUGUAAAACUCCUCAGCUGAAGUCCAGCAAUGAUGAGCUCUCUGAGUUCAUGUGUUCUGUCAAUGUCAUCGAUCCUAACCAGUUAACAGUGGAGCUGAAACCAGUGCAAUACACAAAGACCUUUAAAACUGCAUGCCACAUUAAACUCCCUCAACCUGACAAGUUAAACACAAUGAAAGUGGAUGAUGCUUUACAACUGAACUGGUCAACACCAGCUGUUAAGCGAGCAAUUAAAUUCACGGCUGAGAUAAAACUCUCAACCAAUGAGGAGUCGAUGAUCUUUAACUGUACUGAGCGGGACAAUGAAUGUAGGAUUCCAUUCAAAUUUCUACAUCCUGCAACGGAUUACCUGGCCCAGAUCAGAUUUGUGCCUACACCAAAGAAAGAUUACAGUGUUCAGCCAUCAGACUGGUCAGAGCCAGCAAAUUACACCACUGCUUCGUCACCCAUCAAUCAUUCCAUCCAACUAACCUACAUCUUGGCUGGUGUGUUCGUACCAGUGUUAAUCGGCAUCCUAUACAGCGCUCUUCCAGCAUGCCACAGAAGGAUUAACAGAAAGAUCAUCUUAUGGAAGGGAUCGAUUCCAUCACCCAUAAAGAGCAAAGUACUCGAGGGGGUGAUCAAGAAAUAUCCCGCCGAGUGGCCGUAUCUUCAGAGUGAGAAAGAGGCAACCUCUGUUUGUGUCCUGCUGGCUACUGACAAUAUCAGUGUUUGCAAUAAUAGUGUCUCCUGGGAGCCACCUAAGUUACAGACUGAAGAUGCUGUAAAAAUGGAACAGUCAGGUGGAUCAAACCAAUUGAGCACCUCCGUGGGGGAGGACAUGUGCAAGGACAAAUCAGGCUUGAGUUUCAGCGGACCUUACAUUCUGUGCUGUGAGGAUUCUUGCGUCCAUGGCAAAACAUCUGUCGAGUCCCAAGACACAGUCCAGACAAGUGUUUCUGAACAAUCGGAGAGUUUUACAAUAAAAGGAGGAUAUGUUGUAAAUUCUCCGACUGACAUGCUAGAAACUCAAAGCCCCACCCCCACCGACAGCCCAACCAAUGAGCCAUCAGUUGAACCCCCUGCGUACACGGCCAGUCUAGAUCCAAGCUGUACAGUCAUCGCUCAUCCAUCGGGAUACUUCAUGAUGCCAUGCGUUUCCACUGAGCAAUUACAGCCGAAAGGAUACGUGACACUCGCACAUAAUGAAUGUGAUAAUGAGUGAUCAAGAAUUCAGUGUUAGUGCUUUUUCAAAGAGCCUGGAUGCUCAAGAAGUCAAAGUGAGGCCCAUAUAAAUAACAAUGACCUUAAAGGAACACUCCACUUUUUUGGAAAGUUACAAGUAACUUAAGUUAAACAGUUUAUUUGUACUAUUUUUGAAUCUAUUCAGCUCAUUUCCGGGUUUAGCGGGAGCAUUUUUAGCUUAGCUUAGCAUAAAUCAUUGAAUCGGAUUAGACCAUUAGCAUUUCUCUCAAAAAUAAAAAAUAAAAAUAAGAGUUUAAUCUUCCUAUUUAAUGCUUUUAUGAUGACUAUAUACAAAUAAACUAUUAUGUAGACACACAGUGUACUGAGACUUACAAAAGAAAUGAAAAGUUCAUUCCGGCAUAAAAACAACUAAACUUAGCUGCAUACCAUGCCUAUCAGCCUAGAAAAUAGCAACUUUUCCAGUUCUGUCAGUCUUAGUACAUAAUAUAACUACAGAUGUGUCAAGCUUUAAAUAGGAAACUUAACCAAAACAUUUUGAGCAAGAUGCUGAUAAUCUAAUACAAUUCAAUAAUUUAUGUUAAGCUGAGCGACGCAGUGGCGCAGUAGGUAGUGCUGUCGCCUCACAGCAAGAAGGUCACUGGUUUGCGCCUCGGCUGGGUCAGUUGGCGUUUCUGUGUGGAGUUUGCAUGUUUUCCCUGCAUUCGCAUGGGUUUCCUCCGGGUGCUCCGGUUUCCCCCACAGUCCAAAGACAUGCGGUACAGGUGAAUUGAGUAGGCUAAAUUUUCCGUAGUGUAUGAGUGUGAAUGAGUGUGCAUGGAUGUUUCCUAGAGAUGGGUUGCAGCUGGAAGAGCAUCCGCUGCGUAAAACAUGUGCUGGAUAAGUUGGCGGUUCAUUCCGCUGUGGCGACCCUAGAUUAAUAAAGGGACUAAGCCGAAAAGAAAAUGAAUGAAUGAAUGAAUUUAUGCUAAGCUAAGCUAAAUGUGCUCCGCCAGGCCUGGAGAUUGGCUGGCUGAAUUAAUUAAUAAAAUGGUAAAACUCAACUGUUUAACUCUAAGAGAGUUGCAGGUUCAAAUGUAGUUUUUAUAUGCUUUAUACCAACUGCCACAGCUGCAGAUGAACGUUUCACAAACUCAUGAAAGACUCUUUAGAGCUUCAGUUGAGCUGAAGCUGAUGUGCUGUGACAGGCUCACCAACAGAUGGCAGCGUUUCUUUAAAUGAAUGUAAAAAAAAUGUAAGGCGAUUGCAUUAGUGAUUGCUUCAGUGUACUUGUGUUUUAUAGUCUCUGCAUUGAAUGUCUUAUUUUAAAAUUGUAUGCAGCUUAACCAUUUGAUAAACAUUGGUAGCCUUAUUCAUCAGUUAAGUAUGCAUAUAUUUUAUAUAUUUAUAUGUAUAUUUGUGCAUCAAAUCUGCAAAGGAAUAUCUUCACAAAGUAAGCAUAUUUCAUCAGUAAUAGGUUUCAGCUAACAGCUCAAUCCACAUUCACACAAAAUAAAUAGAUAAACCGGGUGCUGGCCACAGAAACCGGUAAUUUAUUACGGCAAUUUUAAUACUUUACUAAAAAAAAUGUAAAACUAACCUAAAUCUUAUUGUGUAACAAAUAAAUAAAAAAAGUGUAUGCUAAUGAUUAAUGUAAAUGAGUGGCUGUACAGUAAGUAAUUUGUACUUGAGCAAAUAAAGCUCAUUAUUUUCUUUUUUAAUGUGUGCAAUACCUUUUAAGAUUUUUUAUUACAUUUUUAAAAACCUUUCUUUGAAUUAUUGUUAUUGUAUUAAGUGUCAGGACAACUAAAGCCCCAAAUCUGAUAUUACCCAACACUUUAAAACGAUUUACAGUAUAUUCUUGAGUUUGGCCAUGCUAUUUCCUUCUGCUAGUGAAAACUGCAAAUUGUGUCAUUGUUUACUCAUCCUCCACUUCUUCUAAACCUAUGUGAAUGUUGAACACAAAAAAUAUAUAUUUUGAAUAAUGUUCAGAAUGAACAGCCAUUUUAGUUUAUUUUUUGUUGUUGUUGUGGUUCCAAUGAAUGGCAAUGAAUAGUUUCCAACAUUCUUCAGAAUAUCUUGUCUUUUUGUUCAGCAGAAGAAAGAAAUCUUUAAAAGUUUAUAACCACUGUACGAGUUAUUG